AUGUUCGCAUCCAAGAAUCCUUGUCUAUCGCUGGUCCUGCUGGUCAGCUGCCUGACUUUGGCCAGUGCACAGUUUUUGUUUCCUGGCCACAACCAUGGCCGGGGACCGCGUGGCCUAUAUGGUCCACCACCAAUUAGCAGUGGCUGGAGCAGCGGCUGGAACGGUCCCAGCAUUGAAUUGCCACCAUCGCAUUCAAAUCACAUAACCAGAGAUGAGGUGCUCUCGCUGCUGGCCGCCUGGAAGGCAGUGGAGGCGAAGCCCAAGCCAACGCCAGCGCCAGAGCCCGAGGCAGACCCAGAGCCAGAGCCAGAGGCACCCGCACCCGCACCCGAACCUGAGCCGGAGGCACCAGAGCCAGCACCUGAAGCACCCGCCGGCCCAGGACCCGCUGUUCCCUUGACCGUCUCGUUGCCCGCCUUUGUGCCCAUUCAGCUAUCGGCUAUGUAUACCGCUCCGAUUCCGGUGCCCGGCGCUGGUCUGGGCGCCUUUGGUUUCGGCGGUGCAAUAGGUGGAGGAUCCGCUGCUGCAGGAGCUGCUGCUGCUGGUUCUGGAGCAUCUGCUGCUGGUGCCGCCGCUGCCCAAUCACGUUUGGGACGCCCCAUUCAGCGUCGCAUCAACAGCAACAUUCGCUUUCCCGUUGCCAAUCCGAGGAGUUUUGCAUCCGCCAAUUAUGUGGCGCCUCGACCACGUGUCUAUCGCACCAUCGGCUCGGAGACCGACCAGGCAAUGAGCAUUGAUGUCCUGCCGCCGCCGCCUUUCCUUGGCAAUCCGGUUCAGUUUGUACCCAGCAAUUGGCAGUGA